GAUUCAGCUAAAAGCUUCAUCUCUUCAUCGUUUCGCCUCUCUCUCUCUCUCAAAAAAAAAAAAAAAAAGAGAUUUUUCUCAAAUGGCGUCACUGUGCUUAUCUAUCCACCAAACCCUAAAACCCUCGGCGGCUCCUAGAGCAAGACCACUCUCCCUCUCCUUCCCUACAUCCACCAUCUCACUCCGCCCCUCAACCAGACGCCUCUCCACCUCAACCACGCGCGCAUCCUACACCCCAACACCAGCAACCGAGCGCGUGAUCUCAAUCGCAUCCUACGCCUUGCCGUUCUUCAACUCGCUCCAAUACGGGCGCUUCCUCUUCGCGCAGUACCCGAGGCUAGGCCUCCUCGUGGAGCCCAUCUUCCCGCUACUCAACCUCUACAGGUCGGUCCCGGGCGCGAGCUUCGUGGCCUUCUUUGGGCUGUACUUGGGUGUGGUGAGGAACACGAGUUUCAGCAGGUACGUUAGGUUCAACGCGAUGCAGGCGGUGACGCUCGAUGUGCUGUUGGCGGUUCCGGUGUUGCUGACGAGGAUACUGGAUCCGGGUCAUGGAGGUGGGUUUGGGAUGAAGGCCAUGAUGUGGGGACACACGGGUGUGUUUGUGUUUAGCUUCAUGUGUUUUGUCUAUGGAGUUGUGAGCUGUUUGGUCGGGAAGACUCCUUAUAUCCCUCUUGUCGCUGAUGCUGCUGGGAGACAACUCUAGAAAGCUUAUCACUUAUGUUUCGAAAACUGUUCUUUUUAUUUGUGUUUGCGAUCAUAAAGGUUUCAGCUUUGAGCAAUUGUUACUGGUAUGUAGUUCGAAAGAAUCAGGAAGCUGUUGUUUGCGUUUGAA